AUAAGUGGCCCUAAGAGGGUGUCGGUCCAGAAUUUAGCAAUGAAUACCUUCCUUUUUACCUUCCUGUGCGCCUCGGGCCUUUGCGUUGCCCUUCAAGUGUCAGCCAGCUUGGAGGAGGUUGCGGAGCCUGUGCCUGUAAGAACCGUCCUGACCUCAUCCACCGAACAGAAUGAGAUUGUGAACAAACAUAACACCCUGAGGAGAAACGUCAGCCCUUCUGCCAGCAACAUGCUCAAAAUGAGUUGGAACAGAGAAGCCGCAAGCAAUGCUCAGAAUUGGGCUAACACCUGUUCCAUGAAUCACAGCCCGGCGAGCUACAGGGAGAUCAGUACUAGCGGCUGCGGUGAGAACUUGUACAUGUCCAGCUACAAAAACAGCUGGAGCAACGCCAUCCAGGCGUGGUAUGAUGAAGUGAAGGACUGGCGCUAUGGAGUGGGUUCUGUUAACGGGAGAGUUGUUGGACAUUUCACACAGAUUGUUUGGUACCGCUCCAAUCAGAUUGGUUGUGCGAUGGCCCACUGUCCCAACUCUCGCUACAAGUAUUUCUACGUCUGCCACUACUGCCCACCCGGAAAUUACCAGCUUUCUCGCCCCUACAAAUCCGGCCCCACCUGUGCUGACUGCCCAAACGCCUGUGAGAAUAAACUGUGCACCAACCCGUGUCAGUACACUGACAAGUACAGCAACUGUCCUGAUCUGAAGAAGCAGCAUGGUUGCCAGAACAGCAACGUCGCCUCUUGGUGCCCCGCCUCCUGCAAGUGCACGUCUCAGAUUAUCUAAAAGUUUCCGUCUGAAAUGUUGCAUUGAGGAGAAAUCAUAAUAAAAAAAAGUCUUGAAGUCAUUGA